GGCGACUCUCUCUCUCUCCCACUGAAGCUUCUUCUUCUCCGAUCAUGUUUAAUCCAAUCUCUCUCUAAGAGGAUUUGUAUUGUAUACAUGCAUGAUAUAUAGGGUUUGUUUGAUUCACUAAUUUGAUCAUAUAAUUCAACUUCUUCUCUUCUUCUUCAAUGGAGAUUCAGAAUCCAUCGCCGUUGGUCCGACUGAAUAAGUUCGUCGCCCGGAGUAAGGUCGGAAAGCACUUCAAGAUCGUUGAACGGGGAACAACUUUCACCACAGAGUUUCGUGCCGGCACUGCUACUUUCUUAACCAUGGCAUACAUCCUCGCCGUCAACGCUAGCAUACUUUCUGAUUCCGGCGCAACCUGCUCUGUUUCCGAUUGUAUACCUCUCUGUUCUGAUCCCACCUUAUCCGUCUCUAACUGCACCGCUUCCGGCCUAAGAGUUAUUCAGCCUGACGUUUCCUGUAAAUUUGAACCGGUCAAUCCCGGUUACACCGCCUGUUUGGGGAGAAUUCGGAAGGAUCUCAUCGUCGCAACCGUUGCGUCUUCCUUAGUCGGAUGUCUCAUCAUGGGAACCUUCGCGAAUCUUCCUCUCGCUUUAGCUCCUGGAAUGGGAACAAACGCUUACUUCGCCUACACCGUCGUCGGAUUUCAUGGCUCCGGUAAUAUCCCUUACCAGAGUGCCCUAGCCGCCGUCUUCAUCGAAGGGCUCAUAUUCCUCCUGAUUUCCGCAAUCGGUUUACGCGCCAAGCUCGCCAAACUCGUGCCUAAACCGGUCAGAAUCUCCUCUUCGGCCGGAAUCGGUUUAUUCCUAGCGUUUAUCGGUUUGCAGGGGAACCAGGGACUAGGCUUGGUGGGUUAUAACUCAGCGACACUAGUCACUCUCGGGGGAUGUCCUCAAUCCUCACGCGCCGCCUUAGCGCCGGUGAUAACUUCCGCCAAUGGGACGGUGAGUCUUCUCGCCGGUGGAACUGUUUCAGGUGAAAUCUUCUGUCUAGACCAUAAAAUGCAGAACCCAACUCUUUGGCUCGGUAUUGUCGGGUUCGUGAUAAUCGCGUAUUGCUUAGUUAAGAAUAUAAAGGGUGCGAUGAUUUACGGUAUCAUUUUCGUCACCGCCAUAUCGUGGUUCCGCAACACCUCCGUCACGGCGUUCCCAAACACAGCCGCCGGCAAUUCUUCAUACGAUUAUUUCAAAAAAGUCGUCGACGUUCAUAAAAUCGAGGAAACCGCAGGCGCGUUGAGUUUCAAAGGAAUCGGAACAGGAUUAUUCUGGGAAGCAUUAGUUACUUUUCUAUACGUAGACAUAUUAGACACGACCGGAACCCUUUACUCAAUGGCUCGAUUCGCCGGAUUUACAGAUGCAAACGGCGAUUUCGAAGGUCAGUAUUUCGCCUUCAUGUCCGACGCGUCUGCGAUCGUUGUUGGUUCUCUUCUGGGUACGUCGCCCGUGACGGCGUUCAUCGAAUCAUCAACGGGUAUAAGGGAAGGCGGAAGGACUGGGCUAACGGCGUUGACAGCCGGUUUCUAUUUCUUCUUAUCGUUCUUCUUUACGCCGUUGCUGGCAUCUAUUCCGCCGUGGGCUGUUGGACCGCCGUUGAUUCUCGUCGGAGUAUUGAUGAUGAAGGCGGUGGUGGAGAUAGAUUGGGACGAUAUGCGGCAAGCGAUUCCGGCGUUCGUGACUCUUCUAUUGAUGCCGUUGACUUACUCGAUCGCGUACGGUUUGAUCGGCGGGAUAGGAACAUACAUUGUUCUACAGAUCCCGGACUGGUUACAGGGACUUAUGAUAAAAUUCGGAUUAAUUAAGGGACCAAAUUGCACUGAUGAUACAAGUAAUGGGACCAAUGUAAUAAAUAAUGAAAUUAUGGAGAGUGGGAGCGUAAAGAAAGCGGUCGAGGUUAUUUAAUGUAGAAUAAAUAGUCAGUAAUUAAUUAAUAUAAUAUAAUAUGUAUUUUUCUUUCAUUAAUAUUUUAAUGAAAUUUAGUGGUACAAACUUU